GGGAGAGGCGGUCGGCGGUCGGCAGCGGGCACCGGCCGCGCGAGCAGGUACCCGCAGCGGAGGUGGCCAGGCCGCCCCGCGGGCGAGCGAGAAGACGGAGGCUCCGGCUCGCCGCGCCCCCAUGCUGCGGUGAGCCCUUGCAUUCGGCGCACUUGUCGCCGCGCCGCGCCGGCCCCAGCGAGCCGGCUUUCCCCGCCCUCCUGCCCGGGCCCUACCUGCGGCCGCCGUCGGGAGAAGGGGUCCCUCCAGCUCUGCAGAGCCGCAUGAACAAUAGGCGGCGGCGGCUCCUGCGGGCGGCGACAGCCCCGCACCCUAUGGAUCGGCCGCUCCAUGGAGCCCUCCAGAGCGCUUCUCGGCUGCCUGGCGAGCGCCGCCGCUGUCGCCCCGCCGGGGGAGGAUGGAGCGGGGGCCGGGGCCGAGGAGGAGGAGGAAGAGGAGGAGGAGGCGGCGGCCGCCACUGGGGAGCUGGGCUCCGACGCGCCGCUGCCUUACUGGACGGCCGUGUUCGAGUACGAGGCGGCGGGAGAGGACGAGCUGACCCUGCGGCUGGGCGACGUUGUGGAGGUGCUAUCCAAGGACUCGCAGGUGUCCGGCGACGAGGGCUGGUGGACCGGGCAACUGAACCAGCGGGUGGGCAUCUUCCCCAGCAACUACGUGACCCCGCGCAGCGCCUUCUCCAGUCGUUGCCAGCCCGGCGGCGAAGACCCCAGUUGCUACCCGCCCAUUCAGUUGUUUGAGAUUGAUUUUGCAGAGUUAACCCUGGAAGAGAUUAUUGGCAUUGGGGGAUUUGGGAAGGUCUAUCGUGCUUUCUGGAUAGGAGAUGAGGUCGCCGUGAAAGCAGCUCGCCAUGACCCCGAUGAGGACAUCAGCCAGACCAUAGAGAAUGUUCGCCAGGAGGCCAAGCUCUUCGCCAUGCUGAAGCACCCUAAUAUCAUCGCCCUUCGGGGAGUGUGUCUGAAGGAACCCAACCUCUGCUUGGUCAUGGAGUUUGCUCGUGGAGGGCCUUUGAAUAGAGUGUUAUCUGGGAAAAGGAUUCCCCCGGACAUCCUGGUUAACUGGGCCGUGCAGAUCGCCAGAGGGAUGAACUACUUACACGAUGAGGCAAUUGUCCCCAUCAUCCACCGUGACCUUAAGUCCAGCAACAUAUUGAUCCUCCAGAAGGUGGAGAAUGGAGACCUGAGCAACAAGAUCCUGAAGAUCACUGAUUUUGGCCUGGCUCGGGAAUGGCAUCGAACUACCAAGAUGAGUGCAGCAGGGACGUAUGCCUGGAUGGCCCCUGAGGUCAUUCGUGCCUCCAUGUUUUCCAAAGGCAGUGACGUGUGGAGCUAUGGGGUCCUGCUUUGGGAGCUGCUGACUGGUGAGGUGCCCUUCCGAGGAAUCGAUGGCUUAGCAGUUGCUUACGGUGUGGCCAUGAACAAGCUUGCUCUUCCCAUUCCUUCCACAUGCCCAGAACCUUUUGCCAAACUUAUGGAAGAUUGCUGGAAUCCCGACCCUCAUUCACGACCAUCUUUCACAAACAUCCUGGACCAGCUAACUACCAUAGAGGAGUCUGGUUUCUUUGAAAUGCCCAAGGACUCCUUCCACUGCCUGCAGGAUGACUGGAAACAUGAGAUUCAGGAGAUGUUUGACCAACUCAGGGCUAAAGAAAAGGAGCUCCGCACCUGGGAGGAGGAGCUGACGCGGGCCGCACUCCAGCAGAAGAACCAGGAGGAGCUGCUGCGGCGCCGGGAGCAGGAGCUGGCUGAGCGUGAGAUCGACAUCCUGGAGCGCGAGCUCAACGUCAUCAUCCACCAGCUGUGCCAGGAGAAGCCCCGGGUGAAGAAACGCAAGGGCAAGUUCAGGAAGAGCCGGCUGAAGCUCAAGGAUGGAAACCGCAUCAGCCUCCCUUCUGAUUUCCAGCACAAGUUCACGGUACAGGCCUCCCCCACCAUGGAUAAAAGGAAGAGUCUCAUCCACAGCCGGUCCAGUCCUCCUGCAAGCCCCACCAUCAUUCCUCGCCUUCGAGCCAUCCAGUGUGAGACUGUUUCCCAAAUUGUUGGGGCCAGAACACACCAGGGGCACCUGUACCCUGCUCUGUCCAGCCACCGACUGGUCCAGGCUUGCUCCAUCCAUAACUUCUGCCUCCUCUCCUCGACAAUGUGUAUAUACAUGCACAUAUUGACACCAGGUGAAAGCAGCAAAACCUGGGGCCGGAGCCCUGUCACCCCAAAGGAGGAGGGGGAAGAGGAGGAGAAGAGAGCCCCCAAGAAGAAGGGACGAACCUGGGGGCCAGGUACGCUUGGGCAGAAGGAGCUUGCCUCAGGAGACGAAGGCCUCAAGUCCCUGGUAGAUGGAUACAAACAGUGGUCAUCCAGUGCCCCCAACCUGGGGAAGGGCCCAAGGAGUAGCCCAGCGCUGCCAGGGUUCACCAGCCUUAUGGAGAUGGAGGAUGAGGACAGUGAAGGCCCGAGGAGUGGGGAGAGUCGCUUACAGCAUUCGCCGAACCAGUCCUACCUCUGUAUCCCGUUCCCUCGUGGAGAGGAUGGGGAUGGUCCGUCCAGUGAUGGAGUCCAUGAGGAGCCCACCCCAGUCAACUCAGCCAACAGUACCCCUCAGCUGACUCCGACCAACAGCCUCAAGCGGGGCGGUACCCACCACCGCCGCUGUGAGGUGGCUCUGCUUGGCUGCGGAGCUGUUCUCGCAGCCACAGGCCUAGGGUUUGACUUGCUGGAAGCUGGCAAGUGCCAGCUGCUUCCCCCGGAGGAGCCCGAGCCGCCAGCCCGGGAGGAGAAGAAGAGGCGUGAGGGUCUUUUUCAGAGGGCCAGCCGUCCUCGUCGGAGCACCAGCCCCCCAUCCCGGAAGCUCUUCAAGAAGGAAGAGCCCAUGCUGUUGCUAGGAGACCCCUCUGCCUCCCUCACGCUGCUUUCUCUUUCUUCCAUCUCUGAGUGCAACUCCACCCGCUCCCUGCUGCGUUCCGACAGUGAUGAGAUUGUGGUGUAUGAAAUGCCUGUCACCCCAGUUGAGGCCCCGCCCCUGACCCCCUGUACCCACAACCCCCUGGUCAACAUCCGAGUGGAGCGCUUCAAGCGGGACCCUAAUCAGUCCCUGACUCCCACCCAUGUCACCCUUACGGCCCCCACACAGCCCAGUUGGCACCGGCGGACUCCUUCUGAUGGGGCCCUCAAGCCAGCGGCUCCCCCAGCCAGUAGGAGCCCCUCCAGCAAUGGGUUGAGCCCCAGCCCUGGAGCAGGAAUGUUGAAAACCCCCAGCCCCAGCCGAGACCCAGGUGAGUUCCCCCGUCUCCCUGACCCCAAUGUGGUCUUCCCCCCAACACCACGGCGCUGGAACACACAGCAGGACUCUGCCUUGGAGAGACCCAAGACCCUGGAAUUUCUGCCUCGGCCGCGUCCUUCUGCCAACCGGCAGCGGCUGGACCCUUGGUGGUUUGUGUCCCCGAGCCACGCACGCAGCGCCUCCCCGGCCAACAGCUCCAGCGCGGAGACGCCUAGCAACCCGGACUCCUGCUUCGCCAGCAGCGGCAGUACCGCGGAGGAGCGGCCUGGACUCCCGGCCCUGCUCCCGUUGCGGGCGGGGGUGCUGCCCCCUGCUGAGCGGACGCUUCUGGACCUGGACGCAGAGGGCCAGAGUCAGGACAGCACUGUGCCGCUAUGCAGAGCUGAGCUGAGCGCACACAGGCCUGCCCCUUAUGAGAUCCAGCAAGAGUUCUGGUCUUAAGCGUGAAAAUCUGUCAGGUGGGCAAGGGGGAGGCAGGAGGAGAUGGGGGAGCUGGCUGGCACAGCCCUUUCCCAGAGCUGGACCCCCGAGAUCCAGCUCUACUUCUUGCACUGAUAAUGCACUUUGAAGAUGGAAGGGAUGGAAGCAGGGCCACUUCAGAGGGUCUCCUGCCCCUGCAGGGCCAUUCUACCCAUUCUGUCCACUGGAAGGGCUGUGACCAUCAGCUCUGGUUGUGUAGGGGAGGAAGGGGUGCAUGCAUGUCCCCCACCCUCCACAGUCUUCCUCGCCUUUAGGGUGACCCUGCAGAGUCACUCAGCCAAUCUGUCUGCUGCUCCCUCUCCCCAGCCCCCUAGGUAUGCCCAGAGCCUGUCUGGGGUCCCUUUGUUAGCCCUGUGUUCAUCCUUCCCAAACACACCAGUAUUGGAUGUUCAGUGAUUGAUUUUGUCCCUCUUCCACAUCUUCCCCAACACCCAUGAAUCAGAAUCUCGUUUGGUAUGAGAGAUGAGCUUCUCUGUGUGCUGAGCCCUUUCAUUCCAGCUAGAGGGCUGAAGGCAGAGUGCCCCAGCAUGGGAUGGAGGAGUUCCCCACUUCCAGGUGCCCCACUUACUUAUUUGAGCCUUUGGGUGGUAAGGGGACCUGCCUCAGUGAGAACGUGGGGGAGGGGAAGAAGUCAGGAUGAUUGAGUUGAGCUGCAAUAAAGAGGGUAACAGCUUGUCUGUCCUUGUUCCUUUUGGAAUCACCAAAGAAGGGCAGAAAGCAGCACCUGUUGAUGGCACUUAUCUCCUCCCUGGGUUCCAGACAUGGUCAGACUAGGUUCGGGUACAAACAUGCUCAUCCCAGGCAUAGUUUCUAGGGAGCCUCCUCACUCACUGGUUCCAGUUCUGAAGCUGGAGGCAAAGUUCCUGUGUUUGUCCCCUUCGUUGUCUGAUCUCUGUGCUGCUGCCUUCCCUUGCCGUUUCCUCCAAUCCCUGGAAUUAGUGGAUUUGACUUUGGGUUAUAUGUUUGGUUGGUAUUUAUCUGUGCACUGCACCAGAAUAGCAUAUUGGUUGGGGCAGGGCAGCUCACUGGGAGGUGGGACUGAGGGGAUUCCUUCUUGCCCAGGCCAUUCAUUCCACGAUGCCCUGGGAGUAAAGUGCAGCCAUCAGUGGGACCUUCUGAAAAUGAUGUGCUGAGGCAAUGUCUGUAAGGGGCUUAGGGAGCCACUGAUGUAUAGUGACCUUCAAGUCCCAAGCACUGGCGUGACCAAGGCCUCUUACCUCUGCACAGAGGGCCUCUAAUGCUGGGCUCUGGACCAUGAACUGGGUAGGAGGGACAACAGUGGCCCAACCCUGACUUUUCUGGAAUCUGUUGCCUGAGCUGGAAGGUUGAGCUACUUCUGGAGCUUUCUCAUGUGUAUCUUCACCAUUCCAUAUACUCUAAGGCCUCCUGUGUCAAGUAUGGGCAGUUGUCUUUGUGUGGGAAUGACAACUUGAUUGGAAGUAGAGUCCUUAGAUCAUGAUUCUUCCCUCUCAAGACUCUCAGUGUUGCUCCACUGUCUCUUACCAUGAAGUACUCCCCUGGAGAUGUUGGAGGCCCACCUGCAGGCUCCUUGCGUUUGCUGCCCGGAUUCCAGAUGGGGGAGCGGCCAAACUGGCCCAAGUGGUGCGUCUGGUCACUGCUGUCUGUCUAUGGUGGGAAAAAGAGGUGAGGUGACCUUGGUUACAGAUUGUUCCUUAUUUCAUGAGCCCACUGGCCCUUUGGUUUAAGGGUCCCCCACCUAGUCUUGGAUGCAGAGGCACUGUGGGGUUUAUUGCCCAUGGUUUUGUUGCUGCAUCCCCCCUCUCUCCUCUUCUUGGUUUAGCGAGGACAUAUGUAAGAGAUUAUUUUUGCCCCCUCCACCUGCUCCUCAGCUAGGAAGGAGAAAAAUGUGAAUCCUGUUAGUUUCAGAUGACCAAAUGACUUGUCUUCAUUUUUGAUGGGGAGAGGAGCACAGAUGGUCUUUUCUGUGCCCCUCCCCUGGACUCUCUAUAGCCCCAGUCCCUAAGCUACUGGCAUAUCUAUCAACUAUUGGCCCCACUAAAUGGCCCUUUGCUGGGGCACAGCCUGCAGCAUAGUGCGAGCUGUGCUGGCUCUGGACAGUGCACUGAGGUCUGAGGCGGGGAGCUGGCCUUUGCUCAUCUACCUGUUGUCCUUUUGUCAGGGUGCAGCCAUCUGCCUUGGAAGCGGUAGUGUAACUGAUGUAGUAUAGACAAAAUGAUGGCCAGCUGCCAUCGAGGAAGAGGCUGAGCACAGUCCUCACUCACCCAGCCAGGAGGAGUAAGGGAAGACAGGGUCUCUGCUAAGGAGAGGAUUGUACCUGCAAAAGGCAGAAGCAGAGUUAUUCUGAAGAUGCCUCUGUGAGCUUCCACAAAGACCGAAGAGUUACCAUCUCAGCUCCUCCAAACCUGGUCUCCGAUGGGCCCCUGAUGCCACACGGUCUGGGUGGGGGACGCGGCAGGAUGGGAUUAGAGUCCUAUAUAGUAACAGGUCUGAGCUGCUUCCUGGGUCUCUGUCCCUGGUCAGGAGCAGACCUUGAAGCUGGGAUCAAGCCUCUGCUGGGUCCAGAGCCGCCUCCCCUUUCCUCUUUCCUUCUUUUUCCUCAGAGACUCUGCCCUGCUCUCAGCAGGUGUUCACGGCAGGUGUUCACCACGUAGAGGGCAGUGAGAGGAAGCACCCACUGCCCUCUUCCCUUCUUGGAUCCUUCAUCUCCUUCCGCCUUCUGUCUGCCUCCUUGGGGAGCCAGGCCACCUCCAGGGGCUGAGUACAUGUCCCAGUUGUCCUCACGGGUUAUUUCUAAGACGGGUUCAUGGAUGCUCUUUGCAUCCUUUAGUGUCCUGAGGGUUUGGUAGUGAUAAUGACAAAACCUUAUAUUUGGAUGAUGUGGGAUAGUGCUAAUAUUUCCUCCUUUUACAAAAUCACAUCAUUUUCCUUCUACAGUUGAUAUACUUGCUGGUAGAGAAGGGGAAAUGUUUAAAGAUGAAGAUGCAAGUGAAGAGAAAUUGAAAAGCUGCUUGGGCUGAUUGCUGAGUUGGGCACAAGGCUCUGAGACCUGAGCAAGUUGGCCUAGUGCCCCAGUCUGCCUUUGCUGUCUGACCCCAGGCUUGUCUCUGCGCCUCUCAAAUUUCCUUCCUGUAAAAGCAACCUGCAACCUGCUUCCCUCACCCAGACAAUGAGAUAUCAGAGGGUCAGAGAAGCAUGUGGCUUCCUGCGGGGGACAAGGAUGAAUCACUGAAGUUGACUGUGGUUCUCAUCAACUUUGCCCAGGGCAUUUGCCUGCUGUUUUCCAUUUGGUUUUUGGAAAUGGAGUGAUUUGGAGGUAGUUUAGCAAGAUUAAUGGGGUCAGGCACAGGCUUCUCUGCAUUUAUGUAGCACCUGGUGUUUACAAGCAUCCUUAUUCCCACACUUAGCUUGCUAUGCCUCUCAUCCCCACCACUAGUGUGUUACAGAGGAGGGAAUGGGAGAUGGGGAGGCUGGAGGCAGCAUCGGAAGGACAGUUUGGGGCCUCUGACUUCUUGGAGUCCUUCCCAGAGUCUGAUUUAUUUAGAGACUGGAAUCAGGCCAAUUCCUGGAAGAUCUUUGGGAAAGGGCCUGCUGCCCCUGGACAUGUGUCAUGGUGUGGGGUUCCUCACAGGCCCCUCUUCCCUCAGGCCGAGGCUGCUCUGGGAUACAGUGACACGCCCAAGGGCACCGGGCCUGACUUGGCAACACUGGCUCCCCCAAUUGCACGUUGGUGGCCUCCUCCCUGCCCUCCCGGCACGUUUAAGUCCGCCUGUGCCUGUGGCUCGGGUGUGCGAGGGCCCCAGGCAGGCAGGUCAGAAACACCAGAGGCAUCUCGGGGGAGGGGGGGUGGGGGGAGGUUGGGGGAAGGAGCAGAUGGCUGCCGUUCUGUGGUGCCUCUCUUCUGCCAGACAAAUCAUCGUUUCCUUAGAUCAGGAAUGCAGGUGCCUGCAGAUCCACAUCAGGGAGGAAAACCCUCUGCCACUUCUGGGGCAUCCUGGGUCCUGGCUUUUUCCCAGCCCGGCUGCCUGGGUGCCCGUCACUGGCACUGGUGUUGGGAAGCAGGAGGCAGGCCUGGCUGAAGGAGGCUAAUUCACAGGUUAGUCUGACCCUGCCUUCUGGUUGGUGCUGUGAGCCCCUCCUCUGCUUCUCUUCACUGAGUAUUUUCCAUUCAUCCUGAAGAGAUAUUGACAGGCCCCGCCCCCUCCUGUGUCCAUAUCUGGGCUUGGGCCUGGAAGCACCCUGGCCUCCCUGGGCUCACUCUUUAAUCUGGAGCCAGUGGGACUGGUCCUUCCUGCUACUUACUGCCCCUAUUUCCGUGCGGCCUCUGCCAGUCACCUUGCUUUGGGUCUUUAGCACAGGACUGCAGCUGAAAAUAGAAAAGACCGUUUGUCAUAAUUAACAUGCCCUCGGCACCCAGUUGUUGCAAAGAAGGGAAGUGAUGAACUUGUUAACCUUAUCUACUUUUCCUCACUCCAUCCUAAACACACAUGUGCACAUGCUCAUGCUCAUGCACACGCGCUCAUGCUCAUGUACACACACUCAUGCUCACAUGCACGCGCACAUGCUCACACAGAUGGAGUCAGAUUAUCUGUAUAUUCUAGAGGAUUAAGGAAAGGUGUUGGAGGUGGGUUUUACUUAGUUCACAGAGAAGUUACUUUGGGAUUUUCCUCCCUGUUAGAGCCUUGGAGUCUAAGUAAACUGAAAGUCCACAUACUUUUGUUUGUUUUGUUGCUCUGUAUUUAGCUACUAGUUUUGAUCCCUAGGCCAUCCCUGCUCUGGUGUCGUGUCCAUGUGUCCUGACCCUGUGUCUUUGAAUUCCCAUUUUGCUUUGGGAUUUAAGUUAUUGUAAUUUGUCAACAAUAUUUAAAAAUAGAAAAGUCCUGAAGGAAGCAUCAGGUUCUUUUCUUUGGCUUUUGUUUUUUCAAGGUACUGUAAAUUGUUACUAGGGAUGCCAAGCAGGCUUGGUUCAAUGCUACACCUCUUACUGUAUUACAGUGUAAUGCCGAUCUCAGCCUGGUCUCACCACCAGAGCACACACAGACUUGAAUAAAACUCCAAUAACAAUGA